AUGGGCGGGGCCGAGGAGGAGCAGCGUCUCGAGGAGAUCAACCGUCGAAUUGGGCCCGAUACGCCUGUCAAUAUACAGUACACCAGUGGAACGACUGGACACCCGAAAGCCGCCACCCUCAGCCAUCACAACAUCGUCAACAAUGCGUAUUUGACGGGAAUCGGUACCAAUUACCAUAUCGGAGAGCACCGUAUCUGCGUGCCGAACCCGCUCUACCACUGCUUUGGCUGUGUGAUGGGCACCCUGAACGCCCUCGUCCACAAGCAAUCCCUGGUGUUCCCCGACAAAUGGUUCAACCCCGCAUCGACACUCGACGCCGUCGAGGAGGAGAGGUGUACGGCUCUGUACGGUACGCCGACGAUGUUCGUCGACGUGUUCAAGCACGGCAUCGAGGGGCGCGAUCUGUCGUCGUUGCGAUCCGGUUACAUUGCCGGCUCGCCGUGCCCGGUGGCCCUUUGCGAGCGGAUGGUGAAUGAUCUUGGCCUUCGCGACCUGGCUGUUCUCUACGGGAGCACGGAACUGUCACCAAUUGUGACGCUGUCGCGGCUCGAUGAGGCCCCGCUCGAGCGCAUUAAAAAUGUCGGCUACGUUGCGGCGCAUACCGAGUUGUGUGUCGUCGACGCGGAGGGAACAAUUGUGCCGCGUGGCGAAAAGGGAGAGCUGAUGGCCAGGGGCUACAUGCUAAUGUCGGGCUAUUUCAACGACGAGGAAAAGACGAAGAAGGAGAUCACCGACACGCGCUGGUACCACACCGGGGACACGGCGCUGAUGGAUGAGAAUGGGGCAAUCUCGAUCGUCGGCCGCACCAAGGAUAUGAUUAUUCGGGCGGGCUUUAAAGAUUGC